CAAAGUUGCAAUAUCUGAAUAGAGAGCUGUCUUUGGAAAUUUAAAUUUUCUAUGAGAGUACCUUACCUUAAGUGUUAGUAUAUAUUACUUUUCUCAAAUGAACAACUAAGUAACAAUGCAAAUCUCAGACUGACUUAUUAGCACAAUACUUUUUAACAAUGGAAAAUCUACAGACAAGUUUUUCCUUGGUUCACGGCUCAAAUAAAAAACUGGAUGGGAUGGAAGAUGAUGGUGGCCCUCCAGUGAAGAAAAUGAUGACAGACAUUCAUGUCAAUGGAAAAAUGAUGAUAAACAAAAUGCCAACAGUAAAGAAGGAACACUUGGAUGACUAUGGAGAAGUGUCAAUGGAGACUGAUGGAGAGCAUGUCAAGCGAACCUGUGCCUCUGUGCCUGAACCUUUACACUUAAACCCCAGUUUGAAACAUACCUUGGCACAAUUCCACUUAAGUAGUCAGAGUUCUCUGGGUGGACCGGCAGCAUUUUCAGCUCGGUAUUCGCAAGAAAGCAUGUCACCUACUGUAUUUCUGCCUCUUCCAUCUCCGCAGGUUCUUCCUGGCCCACUGCUCAUCCCUUCUGAUAGUUCCACAGAGCUUACCCAGACUGUAUUGGAAGGGGAGUCUAUUUCUUGUUUUCAGGUUGGAGGAGAAAAGAGACUCUGUUUGCCCCAAGUCUUAAAUUCUGUUCUCCGAGAAUUUUCACUUCAGCAGAUAAAUACCGUGUGUGAUGAAUUGUACAUCUACUGUUCAAGGUGUACUUCAGACCAACUUCAUAUUUUAAAGGUCCUGGGAAUACUUCCAUUCACCGCCCCAUCUUGUGGGCUGAUCACAUUAACUGAUGCACAAAGACUUUGUAAUGCUUUAUUGCGGCCACGCACUUUCCCGCAAAAUGGUAGCAUACUUCCUGCUAAAAAUUCACUGGCUCAGUUAAAGGAAACUGGCAGUGCCUUUGAGGUGGAACAUGAAUGCUUGGGCAAGUGUCAGGGUCUGUUUGCACCCCAGUUUUAUGUUCAACCUGAUGCUCCCUGUAUCCAGUGCCUGGAGUGCUGUGGAAUGUUUGCACCCCAGACCUUUGUGAUGCAUUCUCACAGGUCACCUGACAAGAGGACUUGCCACUGGGGCUUUGAAUCAGCCAAAUGGCAUUGCUAUCUUCAUGUGAACCAGAAAUACUUAGGGACACCUGAAGAAAAGAAGCUGAAGAUAAUUUUAGAAGAAAUGAAGGAGAAAUUUAGUGUGCGAAAUGGAAAGAGAACUCAACCCAAGGUUGAUACACCAUCAGGAAUGGAUUUACAGUCAUGGUAUCCUGUUAUAAAGCAGGAAGGUGACCAUAUUUCACAGACACAUUCAUUUUUGCAUCCCAGCUACUACUUAUACAUGUGUGAUAAGGUGGUUGCUCCGAAUGUAUCACUCACUUCUGCUGUCUCCCAAUCUAAAGAGGGCACAAAGACAGAGGCAAAUAGAUCUGUACCACGGCAGUCGGAGAAACCUCAUGGUAGUGGAAGGCAUCAGAAAACGGUGUCUUACCCAGAUGUCUCUCUUGAGGAACAAGAGAAAUUGGAUUUAAAAACGAGUAGAGAAUUAAGUAGUCGUUUAGAGCCAUCGAUCUCAAGUAAUUCUACAGGUAAAAAGAAACCUGAAUCUGUCACUUGCAACUUAGUCAGAGACACAAGCAAGAUGGGAAUUGGCUGUGAUGCUGCAACUUCAUCUCCACUUUUUGUCAAAGAUGUCAUUUGUGAAGAUGAUAAGGGAAAAAUCAUGGAAGAAGUAAUGAGAACUUACGUAAAACAACAGGAAAAACUAAAUUCUAUUUUACAAAAGAAACAACAACUUCAAAUGGAAGUUGAAAUGUUAAGUGGCUCAAAAGCAAUGAAGGAACUCACUGAGGAACAGCAAAAUCUACAGAAAGAACUUGAAUCUUUGCAGAAUGAACACACUCAAAGAAUGGAAGAAUUUUAUGUUGAACAGAAAGACCUAGAGAAAAAGUUAGAGCAGGUAAUGAAGCAAAAAUGUACCUGUGACUCAAAUUUAGAAAAAGACAAAGAGGCCGAAUAUGCAGCACAGUUGGCUGAAUUGAGACAGAGGUUGGACCAUGCUGAGGCUGACAGACAAGAACUCCAAGAUGAACUCAGACAGGAACGGGAGGCAAGACAGAAGUUAGAAAUGAUGAUAAAAGAGCUAAAGCUGCAAAUUUUGAAAUCCUCAAAGGCUGCUAAAGAAUAGAAAACUUUCAAGAGAUUCAUAUAUGUAUUCUUAACAUGGUUUUAUUUGUUUUUUUGUUGUUUGUUUUAAUUUUUCUUGGUAACUGAAUACUGAACACUUUAUCUGCAUGAAAAUAACUAGGCAUUCUUUCCACUUGUAGAUCAGAGAAAAUGUGGAGAAAUUAUAUAUUAGUACAUAAAUUUUCACAUUUUCCAAAUGAAUGAAAUGUAUGUUUGUUUGUACCUUUUUUCCCAACCAGCUUAGUAACAAUAAUUGUAUGGUUCCAAAUAAUAGAUAAUCUGCCUAUAUUUCUAAUGCAAAUUCAACAGUUGUAUACUUUUUAAAAGCUGCAUUAUGUGAUGGAAAGAGUUGUGGUCAAUUUAUUCACAUUUGAAAUAUUUUCGGUACAGUGGUGGGUAUUUCAAAUAUAUAAAGCCAC